GCGGGGCCUGGCCGGGUGGUCCCGCCGAGCGGCGGAGGGGAGAGCGUCGCACCGGGCAGGUUCGGGGCCCGCGGCACCCCGAGGUCGCGGCCGGCCGCCCCCGCCCCGCGCAUGGCGGACAAGAAGCUGGUGGUGGUGUUCGGAGCCACAGGUGCCCAGGGUGGCUCAGUGGCCCGCACGCUCCUGGAAGAUGGGACAUUUAGGGUUCGAGUGGUGACCCGGGACCCUGGGCAGAAGGCAGCGAAGGAGCUGAGGCUGCAAGGUGCAGAAGUAGUGCAGGGAGACCAGGAUGACCAGGCCAGCAUGGAGCUGGCCCUGACUGGGGCUCAUGCCACCUUCAUUGUGACCAACUACUGGGAAAAUUGCAGCCAGGAGCAGGAGGUCAAGCAGGGAAAGCUGCUGGCCGAUCUGGCCAAGCGCCUGGGCCUGCGCUACGUGGUCUACAGUGGCCUGGAGAACAUCAAGAAGCUGACGGCAGGGAGACUGGCAGCGGGCCACUUUGAUGGCAAAGGGCAGGUGGAGGAAUAUUUCCGGGACAUUGGCGUCCCCAUGACCAGCGUAAGGUUGCCCUACUAUUUCGAGAACCUCCUCUCCUACUUCCUGCCCAAGAAAGCCCCAGAUGGAAAGAGCUAUCUGCUGAGCUUGCCCAUGGGUGAUGUUCCCAUGGACGGCAUAGCUGUGGCCGACCUGGGCCCUGUGGUGCUCAGCCUGCUGAAGACGCCAGAGGAAUAUGUUGGCCAGAACAUCGGGCUCAGCACCUGCAGGCACACGGCCGAGGAGUACGCCGCCCUACUCACCAAGCACACUGGCAAGGCUGUGCAUGAUGCCAAGGCCACGCCUGAGGACUACGAGAAGCUUGGCUUCCCCGGAGCCCAGGACCUGGCCAACAUGUUCCGUUUCUACGCCCUGAAACCCGACCGCAACAUUGAGUUGACCCUGAGACUCAACCCCAAGGCCCAGACGCUGGACCAAUGGCUGGAGCAGCAUAAAGGGGACUUUGCCCAGCUGUGACCUGCCCACCUCACAGCCCUGAGCGUGGGAUGGGAGGCAAGGUCAUCCAUCCUUUCUUGUAUUACCAAAAAAAAAAAGUGUUUUAAAUAAAGCCAUUGUUCUCACA